GAUAUUCUUUAUUAGUGAUGUGUCAACAAAUCUGUUCAUAUUGGACACGGUAGGUUAGUUAAUGUUUCCCCCAAAAUCGUCCUUUUAACAAAAAGGAUUUAAUCUUCCUUUGUCGUAAUUUAUCAAAACCAUACGAGGUAAAAUAUGGAUAUCACGCACCUAUUCAAAGCCGGUGUGAUGACGGUAAAAUUGCAACGCAAAGGAGAGUUGGAAGCCCAAAAACGAAUCCUACCAAAAUCCACUGCAAAUGCCAAUGUUCAGAGGGAUGAAUUUGCCAAACAGGCUAAAGAUGUGUGCAAUAAAAUUACCACACUACGCAAUGUACUUGUUGAGAAUCGUUCGGCCUACAUGAGGAUAGGUCAGCAUCUAAAGAGUGCAGCCCAAAUGACUGACGAGCAGAGGGAUCUAAUCGACAGGGAAUCAGAGAAGUUUGUUACAUAUUAUACCCAAUACUUGGGUCAAAUGCGCAACGAUUGGAAAAAAGCCAAGCGAAAGCCUCAACAAAGAGAACACAUAGAGGCUGUGCUGGAGUUACUGACUGCCUAUUUGAAAUCGGUGCAACAAAUUUAUUUGGAACAGAAGAAGUAUCGAGUGCAACACGAAUUGGAAACAUAUCGUCUAUUAAAAUUGGCUUCGGAUAAAAAGAAAAUACCUGUAAGGCCGGCUGGGGAACAAAGAUCAAGGAAAGCAUCUACGGUAUCAUCAACUUCUAGCAGAGAUUUGCACAUGGAAGCGGAGAGAACAACAGAACAAUAUUCUGGCAUGGAUGUAGCAGAAGGAUGGGAUUUGGACGAAGAUGAUAUAACAGCGCCAACGCGCAUACUAGAUGACAAGUUCAAUGAUAAUUCAACAUUGAGUAACAACUCAUUUUCCACAGAUUCCAAAGCACAGGUGGCUUUGAAUGAGGAUAUACAAAAAUCCGAACAAAGUGUUGAAGAGGCUGCCAAAAACCUUAGUCCCGAAGAUGUGCAAAUGUUUGAAGAAGAAAAUGUGCAGCUCUAUCAUGAGCUGCAAGGCCUUUCUGAAGAGGUGGAGGCAAUAGAGAAGAAUGUUGUUGACAUAGCCACUUUGCAGGACAUUUUUACCGAAAAGGUAACCUUGCAACAACACAAUAUUGAGCGCAUCAUCAACGCUGUCAUUGGCUCCACUGAAAAUGUCAAGGACGCCAAUGAACAAAUCAAACAAGCCAUACAACGCAAUGCAGGCUUACGGGUCUGGUCUUUAUUCUUCCUAUUAGUUAUGUCACUAUCUUUGUUGUUUCUCGAUUGGUAUUACGAUUAAUGUGCCUGCACUUAUCCUCAAGUCGAAUUUUAUAUUUUUGUCCAUUUAAAUAAUUAAUUCCAGAAUUUGUUGCAAUAUGUUA